AUGCAAGCCCCUACAGGAGGUUCAGCUGGGCAAGAACCUUUUGCAGUCAAUCACGACGGCUCUGGCCGGGUGGAACUUUUGAGUGGUGACUCUGCUGGUUCUGAAGAAAUCCUGCCGAUAGAUUUACCAAUAAAAGGACAUAAAGAAUAUGAGCUGGUGACUCCAUUCAGCACAAAUGUAGAAGGACAUUAUGUUUCCCAUAUUCUUUCUGCAAAUCAUAAAAAGAGGUCAACGAGGGAUGUGUCUUCCAACUCUGAGCAGUUGUUCUUUAACAUCACAGCAUUUGGAAAAGAUUUUCAUCUGCGACUAAAGCCUAACACUCAAUUAAUUGCUCCUGGGGCUGUAGUAGAAUGGCACGAGACAUCUCCAGUGCCUGGGAAUAUAACUGGCCACUUACAUGAUGAUCAGCCUGGAAAUGCUGCAGAUACAAUCUGGAGAACAGAGCCCUUGCAGACCAACUGUGCUUAUGUUGGUGACAUUGUGGACAUUCCAGGAACUUCUGUUGCCAUUAGCAACUGUGAUGGUCUGGCUGGAAUGAUAAAAAGUGGAAAUGAAGAGUAUUUCAUUGAGCCCUUGGAAAGAGGCAAGCAGAUGGAGGAGGAAAGAGGAAGGAUUCAUGUUGUCUACAAGAGAUCAGCAGCCCAGCAGGCUCCCCUGGACAUGUCUGGAGAUUUCUACCCUAGAGAGUCUGCUUUAGAAGGCCUUGAGGAUCUAGGCAAAGCGUAUAGCAGCAUUGGCCAGCAGCUGAAUGAGACACUACGCCACCGCAGACACUCAGGAGAAAACAAUUACAACAUCGAGGUGCUGCUGGGAGUGGAUGACUCUGUAGUCCGUUUCCAUGGCAAAGAACAUGUACAGAACUACCUCCUCACCCUGAUGAACAUUGUGAACGAAAUUUACCACGAUGAGUCCCUAGGCGUGCAUAUUAACGUGGCCCUGGUGCGCAUGAUAAUGCUGGGCUAUACAAAGUCCAUCAACCUCAUAGAAAGGGGAAACCCAUCCAGAAGUUUGGAAAAUGUGUGUCGCUGGGCUUACCAGCAACAAAAACCAGAUCCCAACCACUCUGAACACCAUGAUCAUGCCAUUUUCUUAACCAGGCAAGACUUUGGACCUGCUGGAAUGCAAGGAUAUGCUCCAGUCACAGGCAUGUGUCAUCCAGUGAGAAGUUGUACCCUGAAUCAUGAGGAUGGUUUUUCAUCAGCUUUUGUAGUAGCCCAUGAAACUGGCCAUGUGUUGGGAAUGGAGCAUGACGGACAAGGCAACAGGUGUGGUGAUGAGACCGCCAUGGGCAGCGUCAUGGCUCCCUUGGUACAAGCUGCCUUUCAUCGCUACCACUGGUCUCGGUGCAGUGGUCAGGAACUAAAGAGAUACAUCCAUUCCUAUGAUUGUCUCCUGGAUGAUCCUUUCGAACAUGAUUGGCCCAAACUCCCAGAACUUCCUGGAAUAAAUUAUUCUAUGGAUGACCAAUGUCGUUUCGAUUUUGGUGUUGGUUACAAGAUGUGUACUGCGUUCCGAACCUUUGACCCAUGUAAACAACUAUGGUGCAGCCAUCCUGACAAUCCCUACUUUUGUAAGACUAAAAAGGGACCCCCACUAGAUGGGACCGAAUGUGCUGCUGGAAAAUGGUGCUAUAAAGGUCACUGCAUGUGGAAGAAUGCUAAUCAGCAAAAACAAGAUGGCAACUGGGGGUCAUGGACCAAAUUUGGCUCUUGUUCCCGAACAUGUGGAACUGGUGUUCGUUUCAGAACACGCCAGUGCAAUAAUCCCACGCCCAUCAAUGGUGGUCAGGAUUGUCCUGGUGUUAAUUUUGAGUACCAGCUUUGUAAUACAGAAGAAUGCCAGAAACACUUCGAGGACUUCAGGGCCCAGCAGUGCCAGCAGCGUAACUCCCACUUUGAAUACCAGAAUAGCAAACACCACUGGUUGCCUUACGAACAUCCUGAAUCCAAGAAAAGAUGCCAUCUUUAUUGUCAAUCCAGAGAGACAGGAGAUGUUGCGUAUAUGAAACAGCUGGUACAUGAUGGCACGCACUGCUCCUACAAGGACCCGUAUAGUAUCUGUGUGCGAGGAGAGUGUGUGAAAGUGGGCUGUGAUAAGGAAAUUGGUUCAAACAAGAUUGAAGAUAAAUGUGGGGUCUGUGGUGGAGAUAAUUCCCACUGUCGCACUGUGAAGGGGACAUUUACCAGGAUACCCAGGAAGCUUGGCUACCUUAAGAUGUUUGAUAUCCCCCAUGGGGCUAGACAUGUGUUAAUCCAAGAAGAGGAGGCUUCUCCUCACAUUCUUGCCAUUAAGAAUCAGGCUACAGGUCACUACAUUUUAAAUGGCAAAGGGGAGGAGGCCAAGUCCCGGACGUUUAUAGAUCUUGGUGUGGAAUGGGAUUACAGCAUUGAGGACGACAUUGAGACUCUUCACACUGAUGGGCCCUUACAUGAUCCUGUCAUGGUUCUGAUUAUACCUAAAGAGAAUGAUACCCGCUCCCGCUUGACGUAUAAGUAUAUCAUCCAUGAAGACUCCGUGCCUACAAUUAACAGCAACAAUGUCAUUCAGGAAGAAUUAGAUACUUUUGAGUGGGCUUUGAAGAGUUGGUCUCAGUGCUCCAAACCCUGUGGUGGAGGUUUCCAGUACACUAAAUACGGAUGCCGGAGGAAAAGUGAUAAUAAAAUGGUUCAUCGUAGCUUCUGUGAGGCCAGCAAAAAGCCAAAACCCAUUAGACGAAUGUGCAAUAUUCAGGAAUGCACACAUCCACUCUGGGUUGCAGAAGAGUGGGAACAUUGCACCAAAACCUGUGGCAAUUCCGGCUACCAGAUCCGCACCGUACGCUGCCUCCAGCCACUCCAUGAUGGCACCAACCGCUCUGUGCACAGCAAGUACUGUGUGGGUGAUCGUCCUGAGAGCCGCCGGCCCUGUAACAGAGGGCCUUGCCCGGCCCAGUGGAAAACUGGGCCUUGGAAUGAGUGUUCAGUGACCUGCGGUGAGGGAACAGAGGUGAGGCAGGUGCUGUGCAGGGCUGGAGACCAAUGCGACGGGGAAAAGCCCGAGUCUGUCAGAGCCUGUCAGCUACCUCCCUGUAAUGAUGAGCCAUGUUUGGGAGACAAGUCCAUAUUCUGUCAAAUGGAGGUGCUGGCCCGAUACUGUUCCAUUCCAGGUUAUAAGAAGUUGUGUUGUGAGUCGUGUAGCAAGCGCAGCAGCACCUUGCCACCACCCUACCUGGGAGAAGCUGCUGCAACUCACGAUGAUUCUAUCUUCAGUUCGAGUGACCUCUCAAAAUCUCUAGUGAUGCCUACACCUUUGGUUCCUUACUAUUCAGAGACCCCUGCUGAGAAAAAGUCUUUGGGAAGUCCACACACACAUGCUGCUUUCAGCAGACCUGAUGGUGCUAACUCACCCCAGAGAGGAGCACAGCAGGCUGGAAGUAAGACUCUGACCCCGGUCUCAGAACCAUCCUCCUCAUCCACCAAGGGUGCUGGCCACCUUGAUUCUGCUUCACAGGUGGCUGCUGCAUCCUUCCUUGACAUCAGUGAUUCCACAGGUGCUUCUUCUCAGGCAAGAACCUCAAAGAAAGAUGACAAGAUAAUAAGGUUGCCUAUUUUAGAAAGAUGAGAAGAUAGAUCUGGAAACCUGGACAACCUCUCUCUCUGCAUGGUGCAUACAGCUUGUUCAAAGUGGGAAUCUCCAUAGAUGGUUUACUUUUAUCGGUUAAAUGGAAGUAUGUAAAGUGCUGGUUCACUUUCUCGUUGCUUUUAUCCUCCCUUUUUAUUCUGCAUUGACUCAUUUCACCAGAAUUCAUCAGAAGAAAGGACCAAAGAUAUGUUCACAAAAAGACAGUGCAUUGCUGAGUCUGGUGGCUGCUCUCUAGAAGAAGGGACUGGAACCAAUUGUGCAUAUCAGCUGAUUUUUUUAAUGCCAACGGUUUACACCUCAAGAAAUUUUGGAAAUAGUGCAAAGAAUUGUUAGACUUGUAUUCCUAUUUAUCUAUAUUAGAAAUAUUGUAUGGGCAAAUUUGCAGCUGUUGUGUAAAUACUGUAUAUUGCAGAAAUCAGUAUUAUUUUAAAGAGAUGUUCUUGAAUGAUUGUUUACUAUCUUACAUUUCUGGAUGUUCUAGGUGCCUGCCAUUGAGUAUUGCCUUAUUUGACAUUCCAUAGGUUGAUUUUUCAAAGCAGAAUAUUAUGAAGAAGUUAGAAUUACAGCUACUGACAAUAUAAGAAGCUUUGUUGUAUGGUUUUUGUUGAAUCAACAAUGUGAUACUUAAAUUAUAGAAAAAGCAGAGAACUGAAAGAAAAAGCAGAGAACUGAAAGAUAAACAGAUCUCAUCUAUUCCCUAUUGUUUCUACAACUAAAACACAAAACCCAGGAUUGAUAAUAAUUAGAGCAGUAAAUGAACCUGUACAAGACAAAUGGUCUUGCCAGGACCUCAUUUUGCACCCUUGUGAUUUUUCUAAUUUUCCUAUUGCUGAUAUACAAAUGCUUAUACUUUUGAGUAGCUGAGAAAAGUAUCAGACUAGAAGUGACAGUGCUUUGAAAGCAGGUUCAAGGAAGUAUUCGUUAAUGGUUGAAAUAAUUUAUUUUCUGCAUGGUUCAUAUCCAAAUAUUCACAACCACAAUGCAUCCGACUGCAAUAAUGUGCUAGUAAUUUAUGUCAGUGAUCACCUUGCUCAUAGUGAAGCCAGAAAUGCUCUCUCCAGGGAGUAGAUGUAAAGUACUUGUACAUAGAAUACAAAACGGAAAAUAUUUAUUAAAAGUUGAUUUUUUUCUUGAUAGUAUUUUUAUGUACUAAAUAUUUACACUAGUAACAAUAAAAUAUUUUGGUAAACUAGAGAGAGAAUUUUCUGUGCCAUAGAGGAGAAAUUAA